AGUCCCGCUUUCGCAGCAUCGGAGGGAGGACUGCAGACAGACCCGCCGCUGUCCCACCCAGCAUGAGCGGCGGCGGGCGCACGGGCGCCCGAGUGGCGGUGAAGAUGGAAGUGGCUCCCUUCUACGCCGAGGAAGGGCUGGAGCUGCUCCCGGACUUCGUGCAACUGCCCGGCUUCGGCGGCGGGCCCGGCGUCGGCGGACCCACGGUGCUGGAGGCGGCGGAGGAAAGCGGGGCGGACCAGCACAAGCUGCUCCUGGCCGGGAAGAAGCCGCCGCCGCCGCCGCGGGACUUGGUCGGGGCGGCUUCCCCCAGCGCCGCCCUGCCUUCGGCGGGACCCUUCUCCUCGCUGCGCCCUCGGGGGAGCGCCGUGCACCGCCUCAUCCAGGAGACGCCGGCAGUCAGCGGCGGCUCGGAGGUGGGCCCCGCUGGCUUGCAGCCUUUGCUGAAGCUGCCGGCCGCCGCUGACCUGGAGCAGCUGCUCAUCCAAGCGGGCAGCCCGGGCCUGGCCGCUCCAGCCAGCCCCACGGGCGGAGGGCCCUCGGUGGCGGGUGCCCCCGGCGGGCCCUUCCUCUAUCGGCCCCCGCAGCCGCAGGGCCAGCCGCAGGCGGUGACGCAGGAGCAGGAGGGCUUCGCCGACGGCUUCGUCAAGGCUCUGGCCGACCUGCACAAGCAGAACCAGCUGCUGGGGGUGCCGCCGGCCCCGCUCUCGCCCACCCAGCACUCGGGGGGCCCCUGUUGCCCUCCCGCCAGGCAGGACCCCCCGGCCGUCUACACCACCUUGGGCGGCUUCAACCCGGCGAGCCGGGCGGCCGCCGGCACUUUCUUCGCCCCCCAAGCCGUGGCUCGCCUCCCCGCGCCCGGCUCGACGGGCAGGGCCCUGGAGGAGCCGCAAACGGUCCCGGAGGCGCCGGUGGUGGUGGUGGGGCCUCCGCCGCCGCCUCCCGCUGCAGCCGCCGCCGCCGCCGCGCUCUCGUCGGGCGAGUCUCCGCCGCCCCCUUCCUCGCUGUCGCCGCUGGACGCCGAGAGCCAGGAGCGCCUGAAAGCCGAGCGCAAGAGGCUGCGCAACCGCAUCGCCGCUUCCAAGUGCCGCCGGCGCAAGCUGGAGCGCAUCGCCCGCUUGGAGGAGAAAGUGAAGGCGCUCAAAGGGCAGAACGCCGAGCUCGCCGCCACCGCCAGUCUGCUGCGCGCCCAGGUCAACCAGCUGCAGGGCCGCGUCCGGAGCCACCUCUCCAGCGGCUGCCACAUCAACGCCGCCGCCGCUCCUAGCCAGACCCCCGCAGCCUCCGGCCAGCCCCCUGGCAGGGAAGGACCCACAGAGCCAGAGGCCAGCGCCUGCUGAAGUGACCGAGCCCUGGGCA